GGCAUCCAACCUGCUGCAGCCGCGGCCCGGCCGAGCGGAGCAAGACCCGCGCACCGAGCACACGCUCGCGCGGUACCCGACCCCUCUGGUCUCCCCCGCGGUUCAUCCCCUAGUCCUUCGGCCGCAGCCCCAGCGAGCGCUCGUCGCAGAAUCUCUGCCUGCUUCCCGCCGCCGCCGCCACCGCCAGGGUCCCCUGCUCACACCCAGGCAGGAAGGCAGGCGCGGUGUGCGCUCCACCGAGCCCGCGACCCCUGCCCGCUGCCGGCUGCCCGGCUCGGCCCAGCUGGCACCAUGCUGCCCGCGCGCUGCGUCCGCCUGCUCACGCCCCACUUGCUGCUCUUUUUGGUGCAGCUGUCCCCGGCCUGCGGUCACCGCACCACCGGCCCCAGGUUUCUAAUAAGUGAUCGUGAUCCUCAGUGCAACCUGCACUGCUCCAGGACUCAGCCCAAGCCCGUCUGUGCCUCUGAUGGCAGGUCUUACGAGUCCAUGUGUGAGUACCAGCGAGCCAAGUGCCGAGACCCAACCCUGGGCAUGGUACAUCGUGGGAGAUGCAAAGAUGCCGGCCAGAGCAAGUGUCGCCUGGAGCGGGCUCAAGCCCUAGAGCAAGCCAAGAAGCCUCAGGAGGCUGUGUUUGUCCCAGAGUGUGGUGAGGAUGGCUCCUUCACCCAGGUGCAAUGCCACACGUACACAGGCUACUGCUGGUGUGUCACCCCAGAUGGGAAGCCCAUCAGUGGCUCUUCUGUGCAGAACAAAACUCCUGUAUGUUCAGGUUCAGUCACUGACAAGCCCUUGAACCAGGGUAACUCAGGAAGGAAAGAUGACGGAUCGAAGCCCACACCCACAAUGGAGACUCAGCCAGUGUUUGAUGGAGAUGAAAUCACUGCUCCCACAUUAUGGAUCAAGCACUUGGUAAUCAAGGACUCCAAAAUGAACAAUACCAAUGUAAGAAAUUCAGAGAAAGUCCAUUCUUGUGACCAGGAAAGGCAGAGCGCCCUGGAAGAGGCCCGGCAGAACCCCCGUGAGGGCAUUGUCAUCCCCGAGUGUGCCCCUGGGGGCCUCUAUAAGCCCGUGCAGUGUCACCAGUCCACUGGCUACUGCUGGUGUGUGCUAGUGGACACGGGGCGCCCACUGCCUGGGACAUCAACACGAUACGUGAUGCCCAGUUGUGAGAGCGACGCCAGAGCCAAGAGCGCGGAGGUAGACGACCCCUUCAAGGACAGGGAGCUACCAGGCUGUCCAGAAGAGAAGAAACUGGAAUUUAUCACCAGCCUCCUGGACGCACUCACCACCGACAUGGUUCAGGCCAUUAACUCAGCAGCGCCCACUGGAGGUGGGAGGUUCUCAGAGCCAGAUCCCAGCCACACCCUGGAGGAGCGCGUGGUGCACUGGUACUUCAGCCAGCUGGACAGCAACAGCAGCAGUGACAUCAACAAGCGAGAGAUGAAACCCUUCAAGCGCUACGUGAAGAAGAAAGCCAAGCCCAAGAAAUGUGCCCGGCGUUUCACCGACUACUGCGACCUCAACAAGGACAAGGUCAUCUCCCUGCCUGAGCUGAAGGGCUGCCUGGGUGUGAGCAAGGAAGGACGCCUCGUCUAAGGAGCCAGACAGCAGAGCGCAGGUGCAGAGUCAAGGGGACAGGAUGCGCCAAGGAACCCCUAGCCUCCAGUGCUGCCUGCGGCCCCGCCACUCCCCUGUAACAUAAAUGACGCCCACCGUGUUUGCACUUUCAGUAACUCUUCCUUGCGUGUCUUGCGUUUGGUUUCAUUUUUAAACACCAGUAUCUAACACCACAGGGGGAAA